UCUUAACGCCAUAUUUUGACUCUUUUCGUGGUUGGUCGAUUACCCGCGCCCUCUAUUCCCAAUCUCACCCUUUAUUGCCGCUUGUGGCUCAUAUCUGGCUCGGCUUCACCAAGCUGCCGUCCGACUACUUGGCUGCCUGUUUGCUCGAUGGCCCCAGUGAUGCUCAAAGCUACAGUGUAAUCGUCAAAUCUCCCUUUUUUCGACCGCCACCGAUUCUGAUCCUCUUCUUGACCCAUAAUUCCCGACGAUGCCCUCGAUCCUAUCCGAUGCGGACAAGGAAACCGUGAGACGCACAGUUCCGAAGCCCUCAAAUAAGAUCCUUACUGCCGCCGUUGCACGCUUAUAUGUGGCGUAUCCGGACCGGCAUAAAUGGACAUAUACUGGAUUGCAAGGUGCGGCGGUCAUCGCGAACGACCUGGUCGGACACACAUUCUGGAUCAAGUUGGUUGAUAUUUCGCCCUCCGGCAGAGGUGUCUUGUGGGACCAAGAGCUUUACGAUGGGUUUUCAUACAACCAAGACAGAACUUUUUUCCAUACAUUCGAAUUAGAAGAAUGCCUUGCAGGACUGUCCUUCGCCGACGAGAAGGAGGCGAAGACAUUCCUCAAGAAAGUUUCAGAACGGGAAAAGCAUGCCAGCAAAGAGACAAAAGCAACUCCAUUCGCUUCAGCGCGGGGUCAGGGCCCUGCUCCUGUAGCAAACGGGAAAACCCAUCACCGUUUCGGACUCGGAAGCCUUCUGGGACAUCGAUCAUCAUCCGCUCCCACACCACCACCGCCACCAUCAGCAGCAGCAGAAUCCAUCAUACCACCCAAACCGGCGCCAUCAGAGCUUGUCCCUGCUCCUGUGCAUCAUACAGGUCCCGACGGAAAGGCUUCCCCCAUGGAUACCGUUGAUCCAUCUUGGAAGGGGUUGCUAGAUGAGCUUCUAGCGAUGGGAAUAACGGAGGAACAAAUUGCGAAUAACGCCGACUUUAUCAAAUCAUACAUAGAAUCAAAACAAAAUGACGACCAGCAACAGUCCGCGGAGAACCCUUCCCAAGAGCUUGUCCGAAAACCAAAGGCGGCACCCCCAGCUCCACCAACAGUCCCUCCCUCCAAAGCUUCGUCAACUCCACAAAACACCGGCGGCACAAACACUCGCGGCCCGCCUCCGCCACCUCCACCGCCCCGAAAACCUCCUGCAGAUACUACUCCUCCUUCCCCGCCUCGCGAGUCCCCACCAGCAUCUCCUCCAAAGAGAGACCCAUCCCCUCUGCGGCCAAGAUUCCGAGCUCCCCCGCCGAUCGUAGAUGCUGGUAAGUAUGCUUAUACAAAUGCGCCGGCUGCAAGGAACCGGGCCGCUUCCGGUUCGCACACUGCAGGAGCUGCACCUAUACCUCCACCAAGACCUCCCAAGACACCUGAAGAUGGCCCAUCUCGACUGCAACCACCGCCCUUGCCACCAAAAACUCCCCAUGCGACCAGCCCAUCACUCGUCCCUCCUCCUCCACCCCCACGGGCAGCUGCCACACCGCCUCCGCCCCCGCCUCCCCGACAGGCUCAACCGCCAUUUUCGACCGCCACUACACCACAACCCCCUCCACCUCCACCUCCACCUCCGUCUAGUUCAGGACCGCCCGCUCCUGGACCACCGCCCCCUCCGCCUCCUCCUCCACCUCCAAGUGCGGCUCCGGCCCCACCCCCUCCUCCGCCGCCCCCUAUGCCGUCAAGCUCCGGCCCACCUCCUCCACCUCCACUUCCAAGUAGUGGUGCCGCUCCUCCAGCUCCUCCGGCUCAUCCACCACGCCCAGGUAGUGCGGCUAUGCCCAAGCCCGUUCCCGGCAAAGAUGACCUAAUGGCUUCUAUUCGCGCUGCUGGUGGGGGAGGUCUACGGAAGGUUAAAGAUUCAGAAAAACGCGACAGAAGUGCAGUAGUACUACCAGGCGCAUCAACCGAAACCCCAGCCGCUCCAUCAGCUGCUCCUCCGGCAGGUGGGAUGAUGGGAGCUCUUCAAGAAGCUCUGGCUAAGCGGAAACAGAAAGUCAGUGGAAGCGACGAUGAGAAGUCUGAUGAUGACUGGUGAUGGAAUCCCAUACGAACCGUCAGCUCCAUGCCUCCCAAGCAGCUCCUCGACUACCCUGAUUUAAGAAGCCGCAGAAUAUAUGGUUGCUACCAGAAUAGCAUUGAAGGCUGUGAGCGUGUAGAGUAAGAAAAGAAGUUAAGCUGCUAGUGCGGAAUGAUCUGUUCAGCUAUGUAAUGCCCCAAAUUGAGCUUCACAUGUUCCAUAGGGUAGUCGAUAGUGGUAUUAUCAUGGGGCUUA